AUGACUACACGCACGCUUGAGUCGCGCUUGGAGCGCAUCUCCAUUCAGGACGAAAACGACGUCGGUGAAGCCACCAAGAUCUACUCAAAGACCAAGUUGACAACGACAUCAACCACCACCAGGGCAAACCAUUUCAAGGUAGCUCUUCAGUCUCAAAGCAACAACGUCAACGCAGUUGCUUCCGUCACCCUCCCUUCACAAGCGGCCCAGAGAAAACCGCCUCCACCCAUCAAUCCUGCUUCACCGCCCCCAGCAAGAAGGCCUCUGCCCGCUCCCACAGCCCGAGUCAAAGAGGAGAAAGAAAAGGAAAGGGAGAGGUCAGCUCUGACGGAGCAGCCAAGCGUACCCAAACAGUUCCAUCUGGGCAUGUUUGAGAUCGGACGGCCUCUGGGCAAGGGCAAAUUUGGCCGCGUUUACCUUGCCAGGGAGCGGACAAGCGGCUUCAUCUGUGCUUUGAAGGUGCUUCACAAGAGCGAGCUUCAGGCCGGAGGAGGCGUGGAGAAGCAGGUUCGGCGCGAAAUCGAGAUCCAGAGCAACCUACGGCAUCCAAACAUUCUGCAGCUUUACGGCCAUUUCCACGAUAGCAAGAGAGUCUUUUUGAUCCUCGAGUAUGCUGGAAAGGGCGAGCUGUAUAAGCACUUGCGAAAGGAGACCAAGUUCCCCGAAUGGAAGGCGGCACAGUAUGUUGCUCAGAUGGCUUCUGCGCUGCAGUAUCUUCAUAGAAAGCAUGUUAUUCACCGUGAUAUCAAGCCUGAGAAUAUUCUCGUUGGUAUUCACGGGGAAAUCAAGAUUUCCGACUUUGGCUGGAGUGUACACGCCCCCAACAACAGGCGGAAAACGCUGUGCGGCACGCUUGAUUAUCUUCCCCCGGAAAUGAUCAAGCCCGGCUCUUCAGACAACUACUACAAUGAAAAGGUUGACCUGUGGAGCUUGGGUGUGUUGACGUACGAGUUCCUCGUUGGCGAGGCUCCUUUCGAAGAUACUCCUGUCAUGACGCAGCGAAGGAUCGCCCGUGCAGACAUGCAAAUCCCCAAGUUCGUCAGCUCAGAGGCUGCUGAUCUCAUCAAGAGACUUUUGGUUCUUGACCCCGAGAAGCGUAUUCCUCUCGAAGAUGUACAGAGCCACCCUUGGAUCAUCAAGCAUUGCGUCAAGGGUGAACGAGCUACCAAUCGCGAGAAGAGCUCCUGA